GCGGGGGAGGCGUCUGUACAUAGUAGAGGUGAGCGGCAGUGUCGGGCCAUUCCGUCUCUCUGCUGUGUUGUAGCGCGCACGCCCGUAACUGGCUGGUCGUUCGCCAACCCAGCGUGGGGAGGCUUCACUAGAGCUGUUCACUCGGUGCUUUAAAGUGUCGUUGCCGCCGCCCGUGCCGUCUUGCAGCAGGUGUCGGUUGCCCCUCGACCUGAGAGCCAAACAGCCGCUUCACACUCACACACACUUUCCCCAUGUACGAAGAUGCUGACAAGUGGCAUAAUUACAACAAAAAGCGAAAGACUUGACAAUUAGCGACGUUUUGUUGUGUUUGUCCGCGCCCCAAGUCAUCCCCAGCGUCAUGAUGCAGACGAUUCCCGCCACGCCCGUCGCGCAGCCCCAUGCUUGCAGCGCCCCAGUGUCCUGCUCCCCCGACAGCAACAGUCCCUGCCCCUGGACCGCCAGCACGUGGGACUACGACUACGAUGAGCUGUGGAAGGCCUGGACAGCCGGCAGCCGAGGGGGUCCCGGCCGGGUGAGCUGCAGCAGUAUUGAGAGCAACAGCAGCUUCGAGGACUACGUCGUCGGGGACGUGGACGACAACAACAACGAGAGCGAUCGUUUCACCGCCAACAACAACCACAAGAACGCAAGCAAUGUGGCACACGUGAGCGGUGUCACCAACACCAACACCAACACCACCACGCCUACAACAGGCAAGGGGGACACCAACAACAACACCGUCGUCACUCCCACCGCCGAGGAGGAGGACCUGACCAACAACAACAAGCCCAACAAGCCUGAGGAGGAUACGCAGAAGGAGGAAAUUCGCAGCAAGAACUCCUCCCCCGGGAGGACGCGACUGCUGGACGAGGACGGCUUCAUCAGGAGAGCCGCCUGCGUGUGUGUGGAUGAGACUGAGUCCAAGGUGCUGUUAGUGUCGAGCAAGAAGGACCCGUGCUCGUGGCUGGUGCCCGGCGGAGGUGUGGAGGACGGGGAGGAGACGCCCAUCGCCGCCAUGAGAGAGGCGUGGGAGGAGGCUGGCGUGCAGGGCCACAUCACGAGAUACCUGGGACUGUUUGAGACGCAGCAGCAGGGGGGACGCAAGAGGCACAGGACCGCCGUGUUUGUGGUGCUGGUGAAGGAAGUGCUGGCGCAGUACCCAGAAGCUCACCUGGGUCGUCGCCGUGAAUGGUUCUCUCUUGAAGACGGUCUGGCGCACUUGUCGCGGAACCGCCCCCUGCAGAGCGCUUACCUCAAGCAACUCAAGCCCACCUGACCCCCGUGCAGCUCUGACGGCACACGCGGGGGAGAGCGAGAGGUGGGAGAGGCAGGGAGUGAAGGAAAGUGGAGGGAGGAGUGAGCAUGUAGCGCGGCAUGACCUGGGAACGACUUAAGAACGACCUGCUCCUCUCAGUCACUUGAGGGUUGUCAGCUGGUGGAAAGAUGAGACAUGACCUUUCGCCUGUUGUGUAAGGUCUCCUGCUCCUCCUCCUCCUCCUCUUUCUUCUCCUCGUCCUACUCCGUCUUAUUCUCCUAAUCUUUCUCUUCGUCCUCAUCGUUAUUAUUGAUUCACUCUCCUCUUCCUUCUCCUCCUCUUCGUCCUCCUCCUCCGUCUUCCUGAGGGUCCAGCGCGGUGGAGGAUGGUGCUGGUGCUGGUGGUGAUAGUGGUGGUGUUGGUGACUCCCUGUUGGCUGCUAUACCAAGGGAGGGUGAAAAUAAUGACACCCACGUCUUCCAAGAAAAUAAAAGUUUACCAGUGAGUUACAAAAAGGAAGAAAACUGAAAAAGACUGACUUCUCCUAGGAAACAAUUGCUGAAAUGAUGAACUUGAGGGGAAAAAAAAAAGAUAAACUGUGAUUUCUCCAGGGAAAGAUUUCACUGAUGGAAACAUGACACAAGCUCUGAAGUGCACGUCAGAGCAACGCCCGGACUCUGUGAGGCGGAAAGCUUGGGUGUGACGCACGAGAACUGUUAUGCAUCCAUGAGUGAGCCAGGCGGGGCGAGGCAGCGGCCGAGGACUGACUGCUGACCACGCACGCCCGCCCUCACCCCACACACCCACAUCCACACUCCACACACGUCGAGUUAUCACAUCAAUGCAGACUAGGAUUAGAGUAUUGUUAACCACGUAUCUAUAGACCAGGACAGAUCCUACUCACAGGGACCAAAGCAGACGCCCUUGUAUGCUUCCUAAACUGUGUUCACUCCGAGUCGGGUUUCUGACUCAGUAUAAAUGCCUUGUGUGCCUUAUUAGUAUAGCGCGUCCAUGCCUCCAUUGCCGCGGGGAUCUGUGGCUUGUGGCGGGUCCCUGGUGGGUAGGACUCGUCUGAGAGCCUCGGGGGUGUGCAGGACGCUUGGCUGCUGUAGCUGUAGCUGUAGCUGCUGUAGAGUCCUGCGCGGCGCCCCGGCUCAUAGUACAAACGACACGAGGAACACACAAACUGCGUGAGAGGCAGCGGCUCGUGUGUCGCUCGAUGGUCCUUCGCCACUCGCCUCUCCU